AUGGCCGCGCGGGGCUGGCGGCUGGCGCGGACGCGGCUGCCCGUGGGCGCGAGCGCGCUGUGCGCGCUGCUGCUGUGCGGCCUCUACGUGCUGCCCGCCGGCCGCCCGCCGCGCGACCAGGACAUCAUCCGCGCCGUGCUGCGCAGGGGCGCCGCCUGGGCCCGCAACCGCACCGCCGCGCGCCUCUUCAGGAAACAAAUGGAAGAUUGCUGCGACCCUGCCCACUUUGCAAUGACCAAACUGAAUUCCCCCAUGGGAAAAAGCAUGUGGUACGACGGGGAAUUUCUAUAUUCCUUCACCAUUGACAACUCCACCUAUUCCCUCUUCCCCCAGGCCACCCCGUUCCAGCUGCCCCUCAAGAAGUGUGCUGUGGUGGGCAAUGGAGGCAUCCUGAAGAAGAGCAGCUGUGGCCGGCAGAUUGACGAGGCCAACUUCAUCAUGAGAUGCAAUCUCCCGCCAUUGUCGAGUGAAUACACUAAAGAUGUCGGCUCAAAGACGCAUUUGGUGACGGCCAAUCCCAGCAUCAUUCGGCAGAGAUUCGAGAACCUUCUGUGGUCCAGGAAGAGCUUCGUGGAGAGCAUGAAAAUCUACAAACACAGCUACAUCUACAUGCCUGCUUUCAGCAUGAAAACGGGCACCGAGCCCUCGCUCCGCGUGUAUUACACCCUCACCGACGUGGGUGCCAAUCAGACAGUCCUCUUUGCCAACCCUAACUUCCUGAGGAGCAUCGGAAAGUUCUGGAAGAACCGGGGCAUCCAUGCCAAGCGCCUGUCCACAGGAUUGUUUCUGGUGAGCGCGGCUCUAGGGCUGUGUGAGGAGGUGGCCAUCUAUGGCUUCUGGCCUUUCUCCGUGGACACACACGAACAGUCAAUCAGCCACCAUUAUUACGAUAACGUCUUGCCUUUCUCUGGCUUCCAUGCUAUGCCUGAAGAAUUCCUCCAGCUCUGGUUUCUUCACAAAAUCGGUGCAUUGAAGAUGCAGCUGGAUCCCUGUGAGAUGCCCUCCCUCCAGCCUAGCCCUUAG